AUGUUUCGCUUGCUGCUGCUGUGGAUCACGGUGGUGCUGGUUUCUUCUCUUGAUGAGCGGGAAUUCGAUCCACAGGUGGCACCGCCCCAAAGUGCAGUUCCUAAACCCUUCCAACUAUGGCGAAGUUUUGCCAAGCAAGUGCGCCAGGUCUUAAAUCGUUUUCAGCACAAAACAACCACUCCCCCAGUUAAAACCAGAAUUGGAAUACCUACCACAACUCCAGAACCCGAACUCCAGUUCUAUGGAGCUCUAAAUCCCAUAUAUCAAACAGGAAACUUUUAA